AUGUACAAGAAUUUUCAAAUUGGAGAAAAGGUACAAAAAUACAAAGGAUAUAACGAGGCUGUCAUUGUGUCACGAAGUGCUCAGCGAUUAUCGUUAUUAGUACCAGUGGAUAUGGAUCAAGACCAGGAAACCAAGUCGGAAGCAAAAGAGAGUGUAAGAACGGACAGUGACAUUAUAUAGUAUUGAUUGGACAAUGCAUUAGAGAAAUUUACAUUCAGAUUUUAAGACGCGAUCGCAUCGACCCCAGUCCUUCCGGUGUAUUGGGUUGUAGCAAUAAUCUAUCUGCGAUCGCCUUUUCGACGAUGUUUUAUUUACGUUAAUUAGAGCCUGCGUUUCGCAGCGGUAAAAUGUUAGAGCAUGCGCAUGAGAACAAAUAUGGCGUGCGAAGCAAAACAGUGUUUAACGUACUAUUUUGUAAUUUUCCAUAUUGUUUUAUAAUUAAAAGUGAGUUGAAACCUGUUUUUGGCCACAUUUACUGGCAAUCCCAGUACAAAUAUCAUUGUUAAAUUGUAUAUUUUCACAUAUAUGAUAUAGUAUGAAAAGCUUGUUUACAAAUUAUGUCAAUGCUUGGAGCCCUAAAUGCACUCAACCUUUCCUAUUUUAUGUGCUGCAGUGUGACAUUAGCUUUUUAAAAUAUAAAGUAUUUAUUAAAGCUUAUACUGAAGUACUGAAUUAUGAAUUGAGUUAUUAAAUUCCUCUAUUUAAUCCAGCUCUAUCAGUCUACUAGUAUCUCAGUCAUAUAAACAAGAUGAAAAUAAAAUAAGGAAUUAAUAUCACUAUUUUGCAUUUGUAAUUAUAAUAAUUUAAAAAUAUCCUUUUAGUAUAGAAUUAAAAUCCAGGUGCAGGUUAACUCUAUAUUUUAAGUAAUAUUAUAUUUUUCUAUUUAUUCAGUGCACCUAUGAAAUGGACCGAGCUGCAUGAUGAGCUAUUUGUACGAGAUAUUUUGCUAAUGCGGCCAUGAACCAGUAGAAAAGCAUCUCCUGAAAGAGGCAAGGCAUGGUUGAGGAUAGCUACUUCGUUAAAUUCUUUGCAAUCUCCAAAUUUUUGUGUAACCUAGAAGUCUGUGCGUGACCGAUAUGCCUUGCUUGAAAAGAAAUACAAGAAGAAAGUCUGGGAAGAAACUCUUGCAAGUGGAAUAUCCUGCGAGGAGAAUGAAGUAGAUCUUGGCAUGGGCGAAAUUGUCUCGUUGUUUUAUGAAGCUGACAUAGAGCAUGAAAGAGUUGCAGCAGAGAAGAAGAAAAAACUUGAGGAGGAAGCCAAUCAAGCAGCUGAAAUGAGACAGCAGUCCCUUGAAUCAUUUGGUGAAACUCGCAAGAGAUCCGAGUCAGCUGAUUCUGAGGGCACAAGUACCAAAAGAAAGAGAAGUAGUGGUUCAGAUAUGGUUUCGUAUCUGAGUGAUAAAAGUGAGCGAGAGACUGAGUUAAAGAAGGAGGAACUGGAAAUAAUGCAACUCCAAACAGUCAAAGAUCAUGAACUAAGAGAGAAUGACAUGAAACUUAGAAAGGAAGCAAUGGAAGCAGCCCAAAAUCAAAAUAAUUCCAUGAUAAAUCAACUUGUUGAAUUGCAAAGGAUUCAACAACAGCAGUUUAUGCAGUUGAUGAGGCAGCAGCAGGAGCAAAGUUCAUCUAUGAUGGUCCUAUUGAAUAAGAUAACUUCUCAAAAAUGA